AUGCGCGAUAUCAAGCGGCUGCUGAGCAGGCCCAAUCUGCCGCCCGAGCUUGUGGCGGCCAAGAAGGAAGAGCUGGCGCUGCUGGAGGAGAUGCGUGAGGAGCGGAAGAAGGCCGAGGAGACCAAGGAUCGGAUCCUGGCGGCACGGAGGGUGCGGUUCUUUGAUCGUCGGAGGCUGAUGCGCAAGGUCAAGCAGGCGUACAAGGCCCGCAAGACGGCAGAGGCCGGCGACGACGAGGAGGCCAAGGCUGCAGCGGCAGCCAAGGUGGCGGACCUGGUUGAGAUGUACCAGGUCGUCAUGCAUUUCCCCUUCCACGAGCGCGAGUACAUCAGCGUCUUUCCGGGCAAGAACCUCUCGGUUGCGAACCUGGCCGAGCACGAGACAACGAUGGCGGGCAUCCGUGCAUCGAUCAUGGACGCCAUCAGCAGUGGCAAGCUCGAGGCGUACGAGUUUGAUGACAAGGGCAAGCCGGUGCCCAAGGAGGGCGACGAGGUCGGCGACGACGACGAGGCGCACGCGUACGGCUCGCGCCCGCCGCGGCCGCGGGCCUCGGUCACCUCGGAUCCGUUCUUUAUGGAUCCGGACCAGGAGCCGGAGCAGCUGACCGGAUGGCAGGCCAAGGAGUGGGCGCGGCGGCAGAAGCGGCUGUUUGGCGAGUCUGAAGAGGCCGCACCGGGCGAAGCCAAGGCCAAGGCCAAGAACGAUGGCAAGGCCAAGAACGAUGGCAAGGCCAAGGUCGAGGCAAAUGAUGCAGCGACGCCAUCGCGGAAGCGCAAGCGGAGCGAGAGCAAGACCAAGGCCAAGGCCAAGAGCGGCACUCGGGGCGAGAAUGACGACGCGGAGGCACCGGCCGAGGUCUCGGCUCGGCGGAUGCCCAAGCGGCGCAAGGGCAAGAAGAUGAGUGCGGCCGAGCAGGGCGCCGAGGCGCUGCGCAAGCGGGCCGAGCUGACGGCUCAGGCCAUUACCGUGGGCGCGCGGACCAAGGGUGCGAUUGUGUUCUCGGACGACGACGAGUAA